AUGUCGACUGAAAAAAGCCCUGCUGAUGAUGAAAUACUUGUAGUAUCUCUGUAUUUUGAUAAUCUACUUGUUACAGGAAGUAGUAAGGAGUUGAUUGACAAGUUUAAAGAAGAAAUGCAAGAUGUCUUUGAAAUGACAGACCUUGGGAGGAUGACAUUCUUCCUUGGUAUGCAGGUACAUCAAAAGCAAAAUGAAAUUUUUCUAUGCCAGCAUAAAUAUGCAAAGGAAAUCCUCAAGAAAUUCAACAUGCAAGAGUGCAAGCCAACUGCAACUCCAAUGAAUCAAAAUGAGAAGUUUUGCAAAGAAGAUGGAGCUGAAAAGGUGGAUGAAAGGCUGUACAGGAGCCUAAUAGGCUGCCUAAUGUAUUUAACUGCAACCAGGCUAGAUAUCAUGCACGUAGUGAGUUUGCUAUCAAGGUAUAUGCACUGUGCUAGUGAAAUUCAUUUUCAAGCAGCAAAAAGAAUUCUUAGAUAUGUUAAGGGCACAAUUGAUUCUGGAAUAAGGUUCAGUCAAGUUAAAAACUUCAAUCUCCAUGGUUAUUCUGAUAGUGACUGGGCUGGAUGUGUUGAUGAUAUGAGAAACACCUCAGGUUACUGUUUUAGCUUUGGUUCUGGAAUUUUUUCAUGGUGUUCUAAGAAGCAAGAAGUCAUAGCUCAAUCUACAGCAGAAGCAGAAUAUGUAGCUGCUACUGCUGCUGUGAAUCAAGCCCUUUGGAUCAGGAAACUCAUGACAGAUUUGCAUAUGGAACAACAAGAAAGCACACAAAUAUUUGUGGAUAACCAAGCUGCAAUUUCAAUUGCUAGUAAUCCAGUGUUCCAUGGCAAAACAAAACACUUCAAAAUAAAGUUUUAUCUACUAAGAGAGGUGCAAAGGUAA